ACAAAACAAUCCAAGGGAAGGAUGUCGGCAGGGCAAGGCAUGUCACCACACACACACACACACGCUGUGAAAGAAGAAUUCAAAAGGUGUCCCUUGAAGGAUAACACUCAGCAUGGGUGUAAUUCAUCUGGGCCUUUGUACAGCCACAUAUACUGUUUGAUAGCAAUGAACAGCCAGCCCAGUUGUACUACUGUACAGAAGUUUUACCUCCGCGUCCAUUACCCGCUCAGAAUACAACAACGUUCGGUUGCGAGCCAGUGAGCUGUCCCUGCCGCCCUCUGUCAGACAUGGUGGAUCUCUUCAUACAUCUGUAUAGAUUCACUUGACACAAUGACGGUGCUCGUGCUGGUAUUUGCUGUGGCGUACUUGUGUUCGGGGGCUACCUCAUUGACGACAUCACGAACUACAGCGUCUCCAGUAUCUGCCCGAGGAUUCACAGUGUAUUUUGUCGUGGAUGGUUCAGAGAGUAUCAGCGACAGCAACUUCCGAAAAAUUAAGGACGCCCUUAAUCACUUUGUUUUAACCAAUCAGUCUAUCGGCAGUGCGGUUAGAACAGGUGUUGUGAUCUACAGCAAUAAUGUCUCAACUACAAUCCCUGUGUCUUCAAACAUCACGGCACUUUCCACGGAAAUAAAUAAGGUAUCACAACCAAGUUCAGGAACUUUCACUCACUUAGGUAUUCAGCGAGCUAGCGUGUUCUUGUCCAAGGAGCCUGGUGAUACUUCAAGGGUGAUGAUUGUCAUGACAGAUGGACUGUCAAACUAUCCUAUUAAUACAGAGGCUGCUGCUGCUGAAGCGAGGAACUCAGGAAUUACCAUUUUUUCCGUGGGUGUAAAUCCGUUACUCAACUUCCCAAGCUCGCCCUAUAAAAGACGGUUUGAAACGGAGCUUCGAUCUAUUGCCUCGUCCAAUGAGACUGUGUUUCAAGUUGAAAACUUCUCCACUUUGUCAGACACAAUGGACAGGAUCCUUGAAAUUUUGCCUUCUUCAAAAGGUAAGAUCGCUUCCAAUCAAUCGUAA